AUGGCGAACAACGGUGGCAACAACGUCCAAAACGUGCAGCCCCCGGCACCGGCCCUAGCGGUCACCAAUCCAGUUCGUGGGAGCAGUAACCCCCCGCGUUUUGAAGGCACGUUUGAGCUUUUUCGUACCGAAUUGGAGCUUUACCUGGGUGACCGCGAAGCCUGGGAUGUGGUUACCGGAGCAGAGCAACGCCAUGCUACCGACGCUGAUUUGCAACGCCAGUUUGACCAACGGGACCGCGUGGCUCGGGCUACGAUUCUUCGCGCGGAUAAAACGCAGCACGAGUUUUCGUAUGCUGUCUUACUUCGACGGCAACUGUACCAGAACACGCACACGGAAGGGCAGUCUAUGGCUGACUAUCUUGUUGGCAUGACUCGCUUGCGUCAACAACUCCAGAGCAUGAGCUCUGAGCACGCUAUUUCGGAUGAAGAAAUGGCUCGCUUGUUGCUCAUGGGGGUUUCGUUGACUCAUCGAGAACUUGUUGAACAAUUUGAUUUGCCUACCCGCCAAGAUGAACGCGACCGGAUGGAGCAACAAGUUGCGGCACGACACAAUGGAGGCGCUGUCAUGAAUAUGUUGGGGCAGACACGACAGCAGCAGGUUCAAUUCAACGGCUGGCGCACCAGCACGAAGAAGCGGAAGUGUUUCCACUGCGGGAAGCCUGGCCAUUUCAAGGGAGAUUGCUGGCAUCGCAAGACAUCGUCGAAGAAGGCUCAACCAGGCCUGAAGGGAAACAAAGGAGGCGCCACCAAGGCGAAGCAAGUGAUCAAGAAGGAGACUACCGGGAACGAGAAGUCGGGCGCGAUUCAACACAUGAUGUGGCUAAACAGUGGCUUGUCGGACGCAACCACUCCAGGGCGCAAUGACAGUAGCAGUGAGAGCAGCGACGAUGAUGGAAACAUGUCGGUUCUCGGCAUGGUGGCAAAGCAGAAACAUUCGAUCGAUUCCAGCAAGUGGAUGCUGGAUUGCGGGAGCACGACCCACGUUUGUAUCAACCGCGACCUGUUUUCCAGCAAUAAGAAGUCCAAGGCUGUCUUCAAAGUUUGGACCGGGGCUGUUACUAAAGACGUGAUGAGCAGUGCGGUUGCGGUCUUUACAGCUAACUCGCACGUCCGUGGGGAGAGCAUACGACUGCAGCUGGAAGAUGUCGAAUAUUCGCCUGGUGGAUCUGUGAACCUUUUAAGUUUAGGACGAAUGGAGAAAUUAGGCUGGGUGCCUUCCUUCUCGAACCCGGGGGUGACUCCGCGCACAUUUUGGCUAGCUCGCGGGCAAGAACGACUGGAAUUCGUCGAAGAGGGUGAUCAUUAUUGGCCGUACACUGUGGACCCUCCUAUCGUUGGCGAAGCGGCGAUAAUGGCGGCGAUCGACGCAGAUGCCAGCCCUCUGAUGCGAUGGCAUGAGCGUCUGGGGCAUCUCAAUGUAUCCGCAUGA